AUGGCCCAAGCCGCAGAAUCAAUCUGUGAAAUUUGUACUGGCGGACCAGGUGAAAAUUACUGUCAACAGUGUGACCAAUUAUUUUGUGGAAACUGUAAAUUAUCUCAUUUACGCGCAAAAUCUUGUAAAAAUAACACUUUUCUAAGCGGAUCAAAUAUAAACCGGGAAGCGAAACUGCUUUGUACAGAACAUAAAGAAAGUUUCUUAUUUUACUGUAAAGAUUGUGAUAUUCCUGUGUGUAGAAUUUGCUCCGUAGAGAAUCACAUCCGCCAUUUGAUGACUGACCUAACUGAGUCAACGUUGAAACUUAAAUCUGAACUGGCUAAGCACAUUGUGUUAAAAGUAGCAACCUCCAACUUAAACCUUAGCAAAAUUGAGAAAGAUACAAAAGCGUACUGUGAGGAAGUCAAAGCUGUAAUCAAAACUAUAACAGAAGAAGGGGAAAACUGGAAAAAACUGAUUGAUAAACAAGUAGAUGGUUUAGUUAAGCUAGUAAAGGAUGCGGAACAAAAAGCAUUACAGAGUAUGUCUGCAUUAACCAAAUAUAAUAGGGGACUGUUAGAUAACUACAAGCAAUGGCAAAAUAAUAUCAAAGAGAUGGAAACGACAGCCGAUGUGCCUUUGUUAAAUAAGUUAAAACAAAUUAAAAUUGAUGUUGACAAGAUAGAAUUGAAGCAGAUUCCAGAUGCGCCUUCUGUGUCAUACACAAACAGAAAGUCGCCAGGCAUAGAAAUAGCCCGCUUGUUCGGAUCGUUAAACCUUCAGUAA